GAAUCGCGUCAGCGCUGCCAUUUCGCCUAAAUUGAAUUUUGAUUUUUUUUGUUUUCUCUCCACCAGACAGAAAACAAAGAAACAAUUCUAUCGCCAUACCGCAACUCUUUACUUCGGGCUUGUUCUUAUACAACUCGAAGUAUUUAAUUACCAAAAAUGGCAACUAUGGCAUCGGCUUCUGCUGCUCGCGAUAUCCCUAAGACCUCCCCUCUCAGCCGAGACAACUUAACUGCUGUAGCGGCUGCUCGGAGCGUCCCUGUGACACGAACUCAUUCCCUUCCGACUCCUCCCAACUCCAUAUCACCUACGCUGCCGCCUCAUGGCCUAAAGGCACAGCUACACAAGGCCAAGCUCGAUUGUAUCGACUCGGACCUCGACCUUCACGAAGGCGUCGACCAUAGCCCUAUCGGUUCACCAUCCUUCGAAUCCACAGGGACUAUUACCCCGGCCCUGCUAGCCAAGUAUCAUCUUCCCGAGAUUCUGUUGAACCACGGCCCUUUGGCCAUUCGCUAUAUCAUGGGCUAUUUGACCACCUCGGUUCCCGGCUUCGCAGGAAUCCCCCCGCCGAAGGCACGAAGGCUAGUUGUGGCAGCACUGGAAGGACGUGGACAAGGACACGGCGUCGAAGGUGGUGGAGUCGAUGGUGACGUGGAAUUUCAAAAGGUUGGGUGGGGUCGGUGGGAUGCUAGGCGACGGGGUCAAGCUGCUCGAGAUGCGGUGUCUCGACAAACCCUUGGCCAAGGCGACUCUAGAAUCCCUCCUACCAGUAUACCAAUCUCAAAAGCCUUUUCUCAUGACGACCGGGAUGUGACCAUGACGGAGAACGAAGCCGAUAAAAUGUCCCUCGACUCUCUAGACGGCCCCGCUUCAGCUUCCUGCUCUUUGGCACCCGACGAUGAAGACAUGAUCAUGAAUGACGAUCCGGAGGACGCCACAGACGACGAAGAUUGGGCGGCUGUAGGAGCUGCUGCACUACGGGCCGCAUCGUAUUCGAAUCCGGCUGAGGCCCGCCAAGGUGCAAACUAUCCUUCCCAUGUAUAUAACUCUCAUGGUUUCCGAUCCUUCUCUGGCAACACGGGCAUGCUUCGGGAGCCACGUCUCGAUAAUAUCGACUUGGAUGCACUAGCAGCUUCGUCGGAUGCGCAGGAGCGCGAAGCAAUCCAGGCGCUUUUACAACUCGGUUCUGUAUAAUAAUCCAGCAUGGGCGGCGUUUUAGGGGACAUCUCGGCUCGGGUGGACCUAGUUUGUUUUAUUGACCGGGCUGACCAGACUGGUUAGCGUUGUGUCAGUUCUUCAUCAUGGUGGAUAUACACCUUGAUCAUCAUUAUUUUAUUAUCCGGCAUAUUUCUGACGUCCGGCGUCUCUGGUUUCUGAGGACAAUCAGG